UCCGUGCGGACCGUUACGAGCGGAGCCUCGCGGGGCCUCACCGGAGGAGUUCCGCGGCCGGCUCGGCUGCCCGGGGACAUGUCGCAAAUCCCGCGAAGCCGAGGUCGCCCCAGCGCCUUCGCCUUGGCCGACAGGGAGCGAGAGCGAGGUCGCGGCGGAGACCACCCGUCGCCGAGCGCUGACGUCUCGGAGGAGGCGCCGAGCACGUCCCGCGGGCCGGACGCCCGGGCGGUGCCGGCGCCGGGGCCUGGUGGAGGCCGCCGGUUCCAGGCCGCGCCGGCCGUGGGGCCCCGGACCCAGAAACAGCUGGAACUGAAGGUGGCGGAGCUGGUGCAGUUCCUGCUGGUGAAGGACCAGAAGAAGAUCCCGAUCAAGCGGACCGACAUCCUGAAGCACGUGGUCGGGGACUACAAGGACGUGUUCCCGGAGCUGCUGCGCCUGGCGGCCGGGCGCCUGCGCGACGUGUUCGGCUACGAGCUGGUGGAGCUGGAGCCGCGCAGCAACGCCUACAUCCUGGUCAACACGCUGGAGCCCGUGGAGGAGGACGCCGAGGUGCGCGGCGACCAGGGCACGCCCGCCGCCGGCCUGCUCAUGAUCGUGCUGGGCCUCAUCUUCAUGAAGGGAAACACCAUCACCGAGACGGAGGUCUGGGACUUCUUGCGGCGCCUGGGGGUGUACCCCACCAAGCGGCACCUCAUCUUCGGGGACCCCAAGAAACUCAUCACCGAGGACUUCGUGCGGCAGCGGUACCUGGAGUACCGGCGCAUCCCCCACACGGAUCCCGUGGAUUACGAACUGCAGUGGGGUCCCCGCACCAACCUGGAGACGAGCAAGAUGAAAGUGUUGAAGUUCGUGGCCAAAAUCCACAACCAGGACCCCAAGGACUGGCCCGUGCAGUACUGCGAGGCUUUGAUGGAUGAAGAGAACAGGGCUAGACCCCCGUCCAGUGCCCCGGCCCCGUCCUCCUGACUCCGGGGAAAGGAGGGGGGGUGGAGACAUGGAGAUGGGGACCCCCACACACACUCCCUCUAAUGUGUCAUACACUGAAAGAAUUCGGGGGAAGGGGUGGGAAGGAUGUGGCUCGCAAGGUCUUUGGAGGAGCGUGGUUUUAUUUGUUGCCAACAUUUUCACUUGUGAACGGAUUGAAAGAACAGUUUUGCUUAUUUUACUGUUUUUCUUUUGUAUGUAUAUAUGUAUGUAUAAAGUGUAUACUAACUGUUAGUUGGGAAACUGUUCUGUGAUUUUUUUUGAAGAGAUAUUUAAGAAAGAACAAGUUGCUUUGGUGCCAAAAGAGUAAUAAUAAAAGCAGAGUACUAUCUGGUUGCUUAACUCAAGCUUGUAAGGAAAAUUAAGUCUUUACAAAAAAAUAAAAAUAGAAACUUGUUAUCUUCA